GGCCCUUCCUGUCCAUUCUACCUGCACUGGACCCUGGGACUGUGGAGCACAUAUCCCUCCUGAACAAAGGGGCUUUUUCACAAGGCCCACACGCCAAUAAAUCAAUAAAAGGGACACCCCAACGCAAAGUAACUUUGCCCACCGGGCCUGUACACCCCGACUCGUUCUAUAAGCUUGCACUCGCUUUACCAGUCGCAAGUUUUACAGAGACACUCCAAGACCCCCAGAG